AUGGGGGUAACUAAAAAAACACGCAAGUUCGCCCAGGUCAAAAGAAUCAUCGGCCAGAGAGAUGCUCGUUUAAAGAAAAAUCAAGACAAGGCCGUGAUCGAAAGCAAGCGCAAAUCCAAGGAUGAGCUUGUUCGAGAGAUACCUCAAGUUUCCUCGUCUCUUUUCUUCCAAUACAACACAGCUCUCGUCCCACCAUAUUCCGUCCUUAUUGAUACAAACUUCUUAUCUUUGACCGUUCAGCACAAACUCGAGAUUUUGCCGACGAUGAUGGACUGUCUCUACGCCAAAUGCAUACCGAUCAUCACUGGGUGCGUCAUGGCAGAACUAGAAAAGCUAGGGCAAAAGUAUCGUAUAGCGCUGCGAAUUGCAAGAGAUGAGCGGUGGGAGAGAUUAAAAUGUGAUCAUAAGGGUAUAUAUGCCGAUGAUUGCUUGGUGGAAAGGGUUCAGAAACACAAAAUCUAUAUUGUAGCCACAAAUGAUAGGGAUCUAAAAAGAAGGAUACGGAAGAUACCAGGUGUGCCAAUUAUGUCUGUCGCCAGGGGAAAAUACGUGAUAGAGCGAUUACCCGAUGCGCCGGAAAAGUAG